ACAGACUCAGAGCGGGACAGACCCAGACAGAGACAGACAGGAGACAGAGACAGACAGGACACAGACCUUCACACCUUUGACUUCACCUCUCUUCAGGACCAUCAUGCUCGCUGUGUGUCUGGAGUUCCUCGGCAUGGCGCUGUGCGUCACCGGCUCCGUGCUGGUGAUGGUGGCCUGCGGGCUGCCGAUGUGGAAGGUGACCGCCUUCAUCGACUCCAACAUCGUGGUGGCUCAGACCAUCUGGGACGGGCUGUGGAUGUCCUGCGUGGUGCAGAGCACCGGGCAGAUGCAAUGCAAAAUCCACGACUCGGUGCUGGCCCUCGCGCAGGACCUGCAGACUGCGCGCGCCCUCACCAUCAUCUCCGCCGUGCUGGGGGUCGUCGGCCUCACGGUGACGGUGGCCGGGGCGCAGUGCACCAACUGCAUCAAGGAUGAGGCGGUGAAGGCGAGAGUGGUGUACGCCGGGGGGGUCAUCUACAUCAUCAGCGGGCUGUCGGUGCUGAUCCCGCUCUGCUGGAUGGCCAACAACAUCAUCGUGGACUUCCACAACCCGCAGCUGCCGCCGUCCAAGAAGAGGGAGAUCGGGGCGGCCAUCUACAUCGGCUGGGCGGCCGCGGCGCUGCUGCUGUUCGGCGGGACGCUGCUGUGCUGCUCCUUCGCCUCCGUGGUCAGGGGCGUGUCCCCCAUCAAAUACGCUCCCACCAAGACCAUCACAGCCAGCUCGGACCUGGACAAGAAGUACUAUGUGUAGACUGAGUCCGGGUCUUCACCGGGGACCGGAGCAGCUGGAGCAUCUGGAGAGUUUCUGCUGAAAUGAAGCGCCACAGGAAGCUGAGCCUGUCAGGUGACACCUGGUGCAGCGAGGUGCGCACGAGACUUUAAAGCACACAGUGGCUGUAACUGUUGAACUAAGCGUGAACUGAAUGUCAUUUUGUAAAUCAUUUUUUUCCGGCAGCAGAAGUUUAUUCUUCUGUUUUUUAGCGCAUCACGUGUCCAAGUCUGAGGAGACACACACAACAAUUCAUUAAAGAAAGUUAAACGUUUGAUUGAGGCUGGAACCUGCUGCCACAGGUGUUGUAAUGACGUCAUUGUGCAGGUUGAGUUGAAAAGCUGCAGGGCUUCAUUGUAAAUAGACCCCCCCCUCCCCCCUCCCUGUGGACUCAUUGUGUUGAUGAGGUCGGUUCCCACAGUGAAGCCCUCACACUCAUGUUGCGAUCAAAGGAGGGAAUUUGCAUUUGAAUGCAUCAUGUACAGUGUUUUGAACUUCAUGUCAUUUUUUUUUAAAUUGUCUUUUCAUAGAAACUUUUUCUAAAAAAACAAAUAAAAAAAACAUGUAACUGUU